CCUGUACCACUGGGGUCAACGUUUUCCAGUUGGAAGAGGACUACAGGGAGAGAGGGAGGGGUUAUUGGAAGAAGAAGAAGAAAAAAAGAACUAAAUAAAGGCGGGCACAUCCGUCCCACUCCCGCCUUUCCCCUUACCUUUCAGUGUCUCGGGACCCUUAUUUCUUCGUCACGGUGUCCAGGACCAUUUUGACCCUGUCGGCCCCGGCACCCCCCCGCCGCACCCCAGCCCCGAGCAUGGGGACGGCGCUGCUUCAGCGCGGGGGCUGCUUUCUUCUGUGCCUCUCGCUGCUGCUCCUGGGCUGCUGGGCGGAGCUGGGCAGCGGGCUGGAGUUUCCGGGAGCCGAGGGCCAAUGGACGCGCUUCCCCAAGUGGAACGCCUGCUGCGAGAGCGAGAUGAGCUUCCAGCUCAAGACGCGCAGCGCCCGCGGCCUCGUGCUCUACUUCGACGACGAGGGCUUCUGCGACUUCCUAGAGCUGAUCCUGACGCGCGGCGGCCGCCUGCAGCUCAGCUUCUCCAUCUUCUGCGCUGAGCCCGCGACGCUCCUGGCCGACACCCCGGUUAACGACGGCGCCUGGCACAGCGUGCGCAUCCGCCGCCAGUUCCGCAACACCACGCUCUUCAUCGACCAGGUGGAGGCCAAGUGGGUGGAGGUCAAGUCCAAGCGCAGGGACAUGACGGUGUUCAGCGGCCUUUUCGUCGGGGGGCUGCCCCCGGAACUGCGCGCCGCUGCGCUCAAGCUCACCCUGGCCUCCGUGAGGGAGCGGGAGCCCUUUAAAGGGUGGAUUCGUGACGUGAGGGUCAACUCCUCACAGGUCCUGCCCGUGGACAGCGGCGAGGUGAAGCUGGACGACGAGCCGCCCAACAGCGGUGGGGGAAGCCCGUGCGAAGCGGGCGAGGAGGGCGAGGGCGGGGUGUGCCUCAACGGAGGCGUGUGCUCCGUGGUGGACGACCAGGCCGUGUGCGACUGCUCGCGAACCGGCUUCCGCGGCAAGGACUGCAGCCAAGAAGACAACAAUGUGGAAGGUCUGGCGCACCUGAUGAUGGGCGACCAAGGUAAAAGUAAAGGAAAAGAAGAAUAUAUUGCCACAUUCAAGGGAUCUGAAUACUUCUGCUACGACUUGUCUCAAAACCCCAUUCAAAGCAGCAGUGAUGAAAUAACUCUGUCAUUUAAAACCCUUCAGAGGAAUGGACUGAUGCUUCACACUGGGAAAUCAGCUGAUUAUGUCAAUCUUGCCCUGAAAAAUGGAGCUGUCUCUCUGGUCAUUAAUUUGGGAUCAGGGGCCUUUGAAGCACUAGUGGAGCCUGUGAAUGGAAAGUUUAAUGAUAAUGCCUGGCAUGAUGUGAAAGUCACCAGGAAUCUGCGUCAGCACUCAGGCAUUGGACACGCUAUGGUGACAAUAUCAGUGGAUGGGAUUCUCACCACAACGGGCUACACGCAAGAAGAUUAUACCAUGCUGGGGUCUGAUGACUUUUUCUAUGUUGGAGGCAGUCCCAGCACAGCCGACCUUCCAGGGUCACCAGUCAGUAACAACUUUAUGGGCUGUCUCAAAGAGGUUGUGUAUAAAAAUAAUGAUGUGAGGCUGGAAUUAUCUCGACUUGCCAAGCAAGGAGAUCCUAAGAUGAAGAUCCAUGGAGUGGUGGCAUUUAAAUGUGAAAAUGUUGCAACUUUAGACCCAAUCACCUUUGAAACCCCAGAGUCUUUCAUCUCUUUGCCUAAAUGGAAUGCAAAGAAAACAGGCUCCAUAUCAUUUGAUUUCCGUACAACAGAACCAAAUGGCCUCAUCUUAUUUAGCCAUGGCAAGCCAAGACAUCAAAAAGAUGCCAAGCACCCACAGAUGAUAAAGGUGGACUUCUUUGCUAUUGAGAUGCUAGAUGGCCACCUCUACCUCCUCCUGGACAUGGGGUCAGGUACUAUAAAAAUAAAAGCCCUGUUGAAGAAAGUGAAUGAUGGAGAAUGGUAUCAUGUGGAUUUCCAAAGAGAUGGACGGUCAGGUACCAUUUCUGUCAACACAUUGCGUACUCCCUACACUGCUCCUGGUGAGAGUGAGAUUCUGGACCUGGAUGAUGAGUUGUACCUGGGGGGCCUGCCAGAAAAUAAAGCUGGCCUUGUCUUCCCCACCGAGGUGUGGACUGCUCUGCUCAACUAUGGCUACGUGGGCUGCAUCAGGGAUUUGUUCAUCGAUGGCCAAAGCAAAGAUAUCCGGCAAAUGGCUGAAGUUCAAAGUACUGCUGGAGUGAAGCCCUCCUGCUCAAGGGAAACAGCAAAACCGUGCCUUAGCAACCCUUGCAAAAACAAUGGCAUGUGCAGGGAUGGGUGGAACAGAUAUGUCUGUGAUUGUUCCGGAACAGGCUAUCUUGGCAGGUCAUGUGAGAGAGAGGCAACGGUUUUGAGCUAUGAUGGGAGCAUGUUUAUGAAAAUUCAGCUCCCUGUAGUCAUGCACACGGAGGCUGAAGAUGUUUCCUUACGGUUCCGAUCCCAGCGUGCAUAUGGCAUUCUGAUGGCAACCACUUCUAGAGACUCUGCUGACACCCUCCGCCUGGAGCUAGAUGCAGGACGUGUGAAACUGACGGUCAAUCUAGAUUGUAUCAGGAUUAACUGUAAUUCCAGCAAAGGUCCUGAGACUCUUUUUGCCGGCUAUAACCUCAAUGACAACGAGUGGCACACAGUGCGUGUAGUUCGGCGUGGAAAAAGUUUAAAGUUAACGGUGGAUGACCAACAGGCCAUGACAGGUCAAAUGGCAGGUGAUCAUACUAGGCUGGAGUUCCAUAACAUAGAGACUGGCAUCAUCACAGAACGACGGUAUCUUUCUUCUGUCCCCUCCAACUUCAUUGGACACCUGCAGAGCCUGACAUUUAAUGGAAUGGCAUACAUUGAUCUGUGUAAAAAUGGCGACAUAGAUUACUGUGAGCUCAAUGCCAGAUUUGGCUUCAGGAACAUCAUAGCAGAUCCUGUCACCUUCAAGACCAAAUCGAGCUAUGUUGCCUUAGCUACCUUGCAAGCCUACACUUCUAUGCAUCUUUUUUUCCAGUUCAAGACAACAUCCCUAGAUGGACUAAUUCUAUAUAACAGUGGGGAUGGAAAUGACUUUAUUGUGGUUGAAUUAGUUAAAGGGUACUUACAUUACGUGUUUGAUUUGGGAAAUGGUGCUAACCUCAUCAAAGGAAGCUCAAAUAAACCUCUCAAUGACAAUCAGUGGCACAAUGUGAUGAUAUCAAGGGACACCAGCAACCUCCACACUGUAAAGAUUGACACAAAAAUCACAACGCAAAUCACCGCCGGAGCCAGGAACUUAGACCUCAAGAGUGACUUAUAUAUAGGAGGAGUAGCUAAAGAAACAUACAAAUCCUUACCAAAACUUGUACAUGCCAAAGAAGGCUUUCAAGGCUGCCUGGCAUCAGUUGAUUUAAAUGGACGGCUUCCGGACCUCAUCUCAGAUGCUCUUUUCUGCAAUGGACAGAUCGAGAGAGGAUGUGAAGGCCCCAGCACAACCUGCCAAGAGGACUCAUGUUCCAAUCAAGGUGUGUGCUUGCAACAAUGGGAUGGCUUCAGCUGUGACUGUAGUAUGACUUCCUUCAGUGGACCACUCUGCAAUGACCCUGGGACAACGUAUAUCUUUAGCAAAGGUGGUGGACAAAUCACGUAUAAGUGGCCUCCUAAUGACCGACCCAGUACACGAGCAGACAGACUGGCCAUAGGGUUUAGCACUGUUCAGAAAGAAGCAGUAUUGGUGCGAGUGGACAGUUCUUCAGGCUUGGGUGACUACCUAGAACUGCAUAUA